CGCGGCCCCGCCCCUCUGACGCCACUUCCUACGGGGGACGCGGCGGUCCCGGUGCCGCCGCCCGUGCCGUGCCGGGCCGAGCGGGGGCCAUGGUGGUGCUGCGGGGCGGCGCGGGCCCUGAGGAGCCCUACCCGAGGAUCGAGGACUGCCUGCCCCCGCUGGAGGACUCCCCAUCCAAGAGGUUCUCCCCCUCCAAGCGAAAGCAGUAUUACAUCAACAAGGCCAUCCGCAACUCAGACCUCACCCCCAGGGCCAAGGGGCGCAAGAGUCUGCAGAGGCUGGAGAACACUCGCUACCUGAUGACACUUCUCGAGCGAGACGAAUGCGGGAGUGACGAGGGAGAGCUCGCCCACUCCGCCACUCCGAGCAUCUUCACCGAGGCUUGUAACAACGAGACCUACGUGGAGAUCUGGAACGACUUCAUGAACCGGUCGGGAGAAGAGCAAGAGCGAGUCCUGCUCUACCUGGAGGAGGAGGCCAGGAAGAAGCACAAGAGGAAGCUGCCUGUCAAGAAUGAAGACAAGUGGAAAGAGCAUCCUGCCUACACACCCAAGGAGUGCUUCCAGCGCAUCAGCCGCCGCCUGCGCUCCACCCUGAAGCGGGGCCGGAUCCCCAUGGGGACGCUGGAGGGCCUGGAGGAGGAGCUGCUGGCCUUCUUCUCCGUCACCCCUCACUCCGUCUACACAGCGCUGAUGGACAACAGCUUCGAGCGACUCCUGCUCCACGCGCUCUGCCAGUACAUGGACCUCGUCUCUGCCAGUUCAGACAUCGAAGGGAAACGUCAAAUGAAAGUGAGCAACAAGCACCGCGUCUUCCUGCCCCCCGAGCUCCUGCUCUCAGACUACCUGGGGCAGAUGAGCUGAUACCCCCGAGGGACGCCCCUGCCCCUCGCUUGGUGCGCUGAAGGCUUCCUUCAUCUGCUCCUGACCUCUCCCAGCCCCGCAGUCCCCUCAGGUCUGGCCUGCUGCCCACCUCUCCCCUUGCCCGAGCGGGCUGUAGGGCAGACCAGCUCGCCCCGCUCUGUGCCCUCCUUGGGGGGCUCGUCCCUUCCCCUUCUCCAGGGGCAGGCGCUUGAUGGUGCGGAGCCGGGGGGCUCACGGCUGCGCCCGGCCGGCUCGCGGGGCAGCGCUGCGCUCCCCUCGGGAUGCUGGGACUCACUCCUGCGGGGCAGCCGGCAGCGUGGCCCUGCCAGAUAUCGCUGGGCUCAAGGCGUGGGUGCAGCAGGUGCCUAUCUGCCGUGCUCGCCCUGUUCCCCGAGUUGCAGUGCUGCUUCCCAGCCGGAGCUGCUCUCCCUGGAACUGUUUGUGUGUCUAUUUAUAGCCCAGGUGCUUUUAAACAUAAUCGGGCUGGGCCAAACCCACCUCUGGCACUGACGCUCGUGGGGUGAUUUUGGUCCAGAUUCUUGUGUGGUGAAACAGCUCCUCGCGGCUGCUGAGCAAACACUGAGCGAGCGGAAGAGCCUCGGGGCCGUCGCGUUCCUGGGGGGACGGUGCUUUGUCCAGCACCCACAGCCCUGCCGCCCCUGAUGGGGUAUUUUGGGGGGGGGGGCUCAUCCCCUGCCAGCCCCCUCGGGCAGGGUGCGGAGUGGGGAGUUCUCCACUCCGAGCUCCUGGGUGCUCUCAUCUCGCUGGUGUUUCGGCAGCGCCCUGUUCCCUACCUCGCGCACCAGCCUGUGGCACACGGACCUGCCUGCACCACAGGGCCCCGGGCUGUUUUUAAAUGUAAUAUAGCCUGUGUUUUUUAUUGUGUGUGUGUGUGUGUAUAUAUUUACUUGUGUGUGUGCUGGAGGCGUGCAGCCUGGCCUACCGGGGCCCUGUGCGCUUGCUGCUUACCCACGGCUGCCGUUUGUGGGUCUCCUUGUGUCCCCCACGUGUCAAGGGCUGCUCGCAGGGGUUCAUCGCAGCUGAGGAGCCCUGCGGAUGGGGGUCCUGCUCUGGCUUGGCCCCUGAUGCUGCCGGGGCUACGCAGGGUAACCCCAGAGGUGUUGGACCCCCCCCCCGGGACUGUCUCUGCCUGUUAUGACAGCACCCCUAGUCCCUGGUCGCCUGCUGGGGGUGUUUGCUGGUUGCUCUGGCUCUGGGCUCCCUGCCCUGAAGACACGGGCUGCCAUUAGCCAAGGGGACCCCCAGGGCUGUCUCUGCAGGGCAGGGGGGAGCCCCCAGCACACCCUUGCGCCUUGUUUGCUUGCGUGGCUCGGGCGGCUUUCAGGAACAAUAAACCACGGUGCUCCCACA